AAGAACAUCUACAGCAGACUGUUUAAAUGUUUGUAAAGAAGCCUCACACCGAUGGCUGCAAUGGCUUCAGCUCGCAGGAACAACAACAACAACAACAACACGUCCACCCGGUGGUGCACAGGGUCCUUGUGUGAGGCAAAGUCCAGGCUCAUUGUGCGCGUUCACGCAGCAGGAAUCCAGCCGCGCCCUCACGGUGAAACGCUGCUUCCUGUCAAUAAUUGCCCGAUUAGAACGAACGAUGUACUCAUGAUAUCACAAAGAGUCUUUGCUCAGCCUUGGGAAUUCUUUGAAACGGUAUAAGGCCUUAUUUUUGUGCAAUACUUUGGCAUCAUGCAUUUGCUGUACAGAGAUAUCCACAACAAUGACUUUUAGCAACUGCUGAAAAUCAGAAUUAUUGAUUAAAAAAAUGUCUGGCCAGGAAGGUUUAGUCACUGGUUUAACUGAGGAGAUGGCACUCCCACCUGCAGAGUCACAAAUAGCAGGAAGUAAAAAGCCAGAAGGGAGAAACAGCAUAGAGGAAAGGUGGAAAGUUACAGGCGGGGAAAAAGAAGUAGCGCUCUCGGAAGAGGAAGAAGAAAUGACCACCUCUGCUCAUUUUGAGCCGAACACUCUGCCGUGGCCUGGAGACAAAGACAACAGGGCUCCGACAGAGAAAGACACCGGGGUCUGGUCAGAGAAAGGAGUUCCUCACCCUGAAGACACAGAGGAGCUUUGCAGAGGAGGACGGGACCUGUCAAAGGAGCAGAGCCAGCCAGAGGAUGACAGAACGAGCAGGUGGAGGCAAAGCAUGCCCGAGGGCGAGAGGUGGAGAGACGACGACGAUGUUGAGAUGCAGCGGGACACUAAUGGGGAUGGCUCUCUGGCAGAUGAUGAUGAGGAGGAGGAGGAGGAGGAGGAGGAGGGGGAGGGGGGUUGGAAACGGUCAAAUUGGAUUCCAGAAAAAGCUGCUUUGAGUGUCAAUCCACAAGUGACAAUUGUGCGUCCGUCCAGCAAAGAGCUUCCUGAGGAGAGCAGGCUGUUCAUCGAGAAGGAUGUUGGGAAGGAGCACAACUCGGCAGUGCACUUUCCCCCCGAGUGGACAGAACAGGACGACAAGUUCUACCUGUGUGAGGCUCUGUGCAGCAACAAGCUGAGGAUGGCUCUGGCGACGGGAGCUGCUGGACUCCUCUUCCCUCUCCUGGUGUGGGGAGCUUACGUGCUUCUUCCCUUUGACCCCCCUCUGCUUGUGAGCAGCCCCCUCAGGGUGGUGUACACGCUACGAUGCUCUUUCUUCGGCAUCAUCCCCGUCCUGCUCGGUGUGGUGGUGCAGGGUGUAGCUCGGGUGCGCUACAGCGUCCUGAAGCCCCUCUAUCAGAGCAGCCUGGUGAACAGAGAAGUGGCGGUGCACCAGCACUUUGUCAACGAAUCCCUGGCCCUCUUCCUCUUCUACUUCCUGCAGCUCGCUGUCAUGGCAACUUACGUCAGCCAGGACCUGCUCAAGCUGGUGCCGCUGCUCACCAUCAUAUUCGUUUUUGGCAGGCUGAUCUACUGGCUCUGCCUUUCUCUGGGCAGCAGCAUCAGGGGCCUCGGCUUUGGCUUCUCAUUCUUCCCCAUACUGGUGAUGCUGGGCACCAACCUGUACUUUGUCUGCUCUUCAGUUGGACAAGAGGCAAUUUUUGAAGUUGAACCUCCAACCAUGACUCCUCCUCCCAAGCUGCGCUGGUGGGGUUGAAGGCCGCCGUCCAGCAGGGAAUGUAGAGUUAAGAGACAAAUAACUUAACUGUAUUUUUAAUGAUAGAAAACCAUUCGUUGUGGUCUGCUUGGCAUUACCAUAGUAACAGAAAGGGCAGUUUAUUGCUGCAACAACUCUGCGGAAGCAGCUAUUUUAGAAAAAAUGAAUCAAAAACAGAAAGCAUGCUGUACAAAUAAUGUAUAGCUUGAAUCUCUGCCUAAAAAAAGAAAUCCAUCUAUUUAACAAGAGGACGUUUAACAAGUUUACAUACAAUUAACAAAGAUCUUGAUGUGCAUCUAAAAUUUAAAAAAUAAGGGGUAUUUCUACAGUUUGUAUUUACUAAUUUGACUAACCUUAAAUUGCAAAUUUUUGAAAAGUCUCAACCUUGUUUGUUGACAUAAAUGAAUUAGAUUUUAGAUGCCAAACAAUCAUAAGUACAAUAAAAAAGUGAAAACCUUCAGAUUGAAGCACUGAAGUAACAACUGAGAGAUAUCAAAUGUUUAUAUGUAAAAGGUUGUUAUUAAAAAGUAAUACUGCUUGCUGGUCUAUCUUUUGAUAGUUUAUUUUCUUUCCUUUUGAAGUAACUUUUCAGUUUAUAUAUUUGAAACCAUGUUUAGGACUUUGAGUUUAAUAAAGCUAUAUCAAAUGUGAUACUCAACAAUAUGCAGCAUCUGGUGAUUCAGAUUAAAAUGACUAAGGGGGCCCAAAUGUUACUUUUUGUUCCCUCAAGCGGUUGUGAUUGCUCAAGUGUACAUUUUGGUCAUCUGUCAUAAUUCAGGUGAAGAAAGAAAAACAAGAGAAAUCAUUUUAUUCCAUACCAUGAAAUCUUAUCUUAGUUUUAUUAAAUAUUUUAUGACCUUUGUGUUACAUGACAUUAUUGUAACAGGACGGUUUGGAGGACACAAACUAGUGGCGGUGAAACACACUGGCAGAUUCUAGUUGACAUUUCACCAGGGAUUUAUUCCAAAUCAAUUAACAAAAAAAAAAAACAAAUCUGGCUCAUUCAUGAAUUCUCUAGUAAACUUGGACACAGUGCAAACACCUGGGGCCACCAGGAUAGGCUUUCCCUGGCUGCCUCCUUUCCCUCAGAUCUGCUCCAAGUGGGCCAGAAAAAGUAGUUGUAUUGCGUGUUGAAAAAAGUUAUAAAGAAGUCAGAGUUCAGCAUUUCAAAUCAAGUUGCAGUUUUGGCCCAAAGAGGUCUAGGUAUAGCAUUUUAGUACAUUAUGACGGGGAAAAAAGUCAUUGUUCUGCAUGUCAG